AUGGCGGUCAAUCGCAUGCGCGCCGCCUUUGCGGUGCCCAGAAAGGGUGAGACGUUCGAGCUGCGGGCUGGUUUGGUGUCCCAGUAUGCUUGGGAACGAAAGGAGUCCAUUCAGAAAACAAUCAUGGCUAUGACGCUGGGCAAGGACGUAUCGGCGCUGUUCCCUGACGUUCUGAAGAAUAUUGCGACGGGUGAUCUGGAUCAGAAGAAGCUGGUCUAUCUAUAUCUGAUCAUUUUCCCACCUCCACCGCUGUGGCGCCUGCACAUCCCAAAGGCUGACGGGAGAUCCAGGAACUACGCAAAGUCACACCCAGACCUAUGUAUCCUCGCCGUGAAUACCUUCGUCCAGGAUUCCGAGGACCCAAACCCCCUGGUCCGGGCCCUGGCCAUUCGUACAAUGGGUUGUAUUCGUGUCGACAAGAUGGUUGAUUACAUGGAGGAGCCCCUGCGAAAGACACUCAGAGACGAGUCGCCAUAUGUGAGAAAAACCGCUGCCAUAUGUGUCGCCAAACUAUUCGACCUCAACCCCACCAUGUGCAUCGAGAACGGCUUCCUCGAGACCCUGCAAGAACUCAUCGGAGAUCCCAAUCCCAUGGUGGUCGCAAACUCGGUGACGGCCCUCUCUGAAAUCACCGAGACCGCCCCUGAGACCACUGCACUGGUCAUCACCCCGGCCAUCCUGAAGAAGUUGUUGAUGGCUCUGAACGAGUGUACCGAAUGGGGACGAGUUACCAUAUUGUCAUGUUUGGCCGCCUACCCUCCCUCCGACGUCAAGGAAUCAGAACAUAUUUGCGAGAGAGUCGCGCCGCAGUUCCAACAUGUCAACCCCAGUGUCGUGCUUGCUGCCGUCAAGGUUGUCUUCAUCCACUUGAAGCUGAUCAAUGGCGACUUGGUACGGCAAUACCUCAAGAAGAUGGCUCCUCCUUUAGUCACGCUUAUCGCGUCUGCGCCCGAGGUCCAAUAUGUCGCUCUCCGAAACAUCGAUCUCCUCUUGCAGGCCAAGCCCGACAUUCUGAGCAACCAACUGCGAGUGUUCUUCUGCAAGUACAACGACCCUGAAUAUUUGAAGCUACAGAAGCUCGAGAUCAUGGUCAGAAUAGCAAAUGAGAAGAACUACGAGCAGCUACUUGGUGAACUGAAGGAGUACGCCGUUGAGGUCGACAUGGAUUUCGUGCGAAGGGCAGUCAAGGCCAUCGGCCAGGUAGCUAUCAAGAUCGAGAGCGCAAGCGAAAAGUGUGUGAAUGCGCUUCUGGAUCUGAUAUCGACCAAGGUCAACUACGUAGUGCAAGAGGUCAUUGUCGUCAUCAAGGAUAUUCUCCGCAAAUAUCCAGGAUACGAGGGCGUUAUCCCAACACUUUGCAAGUACAUCGACGAAUUGGAGGAGCCUAAUGCCAGAGGGUCUCUGAUCUGGAUCGUGGGAGAAUAUGCCGAGAAGAUCAGCAAUGCCGACGAGAUCCUGGCUAGCUUCGUCGAUGUAUUCCAAGACGAAUUCACACAGACGCAACUUCAGAUUUUGACGGCUGUGGUGAAGCUGUUCCUCAAGAAGCCUCAGAGCAGUCAAGGGCUGGUCCAAAAAGUGCUGCAGGCUGCGACAACGGAUAAUGAUAACCCCGAUAUUCGGGACAGAGCUUACGUCUACUGGCGUUUGCUCUCUGGAGACCUCGAUGUUGCCAAGAGCAUUAUCCUAUCACAAAAGCCUGCGAUAUCAACAACCAUGACGUCACUCCCUCCAGCUUUACUAGAGCAGCUUCUCGGCGAGCUGUCCACCCUUGCUUCAGUCUACCACAAGCCGCCGGAGUCUUUCGUUGGCAAAGGUCGCUUCGGCGCCGACGCUAUCCAGCGCGCCGCCAUUUUGGAGCAACGCGAGAAUCUGGCCGAAAAUCCUAGCGUCGCAUCGGCCGUUGCCGCUGCUCAAGCCAACGGUACAACAUCCCAGAACAACAUGGAGAACCUCCUGGACAUCGACUUUGAUGGCGGAGCUCCUGCGUCCCUGGAGCAGAAUAGCGCAGCUGCUACGCCAGACCGUGUACAGAGCCCUUUGAGCGCGACCCAGCAGAGCGGGGGAAUGGCCGACAUGAUGGGCCUGUUUGAUGUUCCUGCACCCCAACAAUCACAACAACAGAGCAUGGGCGGAAGCAGUAAUGAUUUGAUGAAUGGUUUUGCAGGUCUGGAUCUGAGCGCACAGACUCAACCUCCACCGCCAUCACAGCAACUGGGCCACACUGGAGGGGAGCAGAAGAAAGAUAGUGACGACUUAUUGGGUUUAUUUUAG